CCCAGCCGGCGCUACUGUUUGCCGGAGGCGGAGUCCUCUCUCUCCCGAUCGCAUCGCGCUCGCGCGCCCCGCCCGUUUCGCCUCGGCCGCCUCCUCCACCGACUCCGGCCGCCGCUGCCUGCGGCGCGGUGCUGUCAGGCGGCAUAUCCUUUUACUAGUGGAGGCCUGACAGAAUUAUAUAAAGACUGCUGAAAAUGUCUGAGUUCCUUGACCUUGAGGCACAAGAUGGGAUAAGGAUGCCCUGGAAUGUUAUUCCAGGCACGAGGGAGGAUGCUUUGAGCUGUGUUGUUCCUAUUUCUGCUAUCUAUACUCCUCUGAAACAAGUUCCUGAUAUCCCUGUUCUCCCAUAUUCUCCCCUCCGUUGCCGGAUGUGCCGUUCCAUCCUCAACCCUUUCUCCAUUGUUGACUAUGUCGCAAAGAUCUGGGUUUGCCCAUUCUGCUUUCAGCGCAAUCACUUCCCACAGCAUUACUCCUCAAUCUCAGAAAGCAAUCUCCCUGCAGAACUUUUCCCUCAGUACACCACAGUUGAGUACAUAUCCACUGCUGAAACUGGCCCUGUAGUGCCACCGGUUUUCAUGUUUGUUGUUGAUACUUGCAUGAUUGAGGAAGAAAUUGGUUAUUUGAAGUCUGCACUCGCACAAGUUGUUGAGCUAUUACCAGAUAAUUCCCUUGUUGGAUUCAUUACUUUUGGGACAUAUGUACAGGUUCAUGAAUUGGGUUUUGGCUUGCUUCCAAAAUCAUAUGUAUUCAAGGGAACAAAGGAGGUCACCAAGGAUGAAAUGUUGGAUCAAAUGUGCUUCUUUGCAGGGAAGAGAAAACCCACUACAGGGGUGAUUGCUGGUACUAGGGACGGUCUUUCAUCAGAGAGCAUUGCUAGGUUCCUGUUACCUGCUUCUGAGUGUGAGUUUGUGUUGAAUGCAGUAAUAGAAGAAUUGCAAAAGGACCCUUGGCCUGUUCCAGCUGAUCAACGUGCAUCAAGAUGCACUGGAGCUGCAUUAAGCGUGGCGGCCAGUCUUCUUGGUGUGUGUGUCCCUGGAUCAGGUGCUAGGAUUAUGGCAUUUGUUGGUGGUCCAUCUACAGAGGGACCUGGUUCUAUUGUAUCCAAAUCCUUGUUAGAGCCAAUUCGCUCACACAAAGAUCUUGAUAAAGACUCAGCUCCACUUUAUGAUAAAGCUGUCAAGUUCUAUGAUCAGAUUGCAAAGCAACUUGUGCACCAGGGGCAUGUUCUGGAUGUGUUUGCUUGUGCAGUUGACCAGGUUGGUGUUGCUGAAAUGAAGGUUGCAAUUGAGAAGACUGGAGGAAUUGUUGUCCUUGCGGAAAGUUUUGGUCACUCUGUUUUCAAAGACUCGCUUCUUCGCAUUUUUCAGUCAUCAGACAACGAUCUUGGAUUAUCAUUCAAUGGUAUUCUUGAGAUUAACUGCUCAAAAGAUGUCAAGAUCCAAGGCAUUAUUGGACCUUGUGCUUCCCUGGAGAAGAAAAGCCCUCUAUCAUCAGACACCGUUAUUGGUCAGGGAAAUACUAGUGCUUGGAAGAUGUGUGGCCUUGACAAGAAAACAUCACUCUGCUUAGUAUAUGAUAUUGCAAAGAAAGAUGGAUCAAAUACAAUUGGCCAAGCAGCAAGUAACCAGUUCUACUUUCAAUUCUUAACCUAUUAUCAGCAUCAUGAGGGACAAAUGAGAUUACGAGCUACUACGAUCUCCAGAAGAUGGGUUUCUGGUUCUGAUAGUGUGCAGGAGCUUAUAGGUGGCUUUGACCAAGAAGCUGCAGCUGCUGUCAUGGCACGCUUGGUCUCAUUUAAGAUGGAAACUGAGGCUGAUUUUGAUCCUAUAAGAUGGCUUGAUCGAGCUUUGAUACGUCUAUGUUCCAAAUUUGGUGACUAUCAGAAGGAAAACCCUUCAUCCUUUAGUUUGUCCCCGCGUAUAUCAAUAUUUCCCCAAUUUGUUUUUAAUUUGAGGCGUUCUCAGUUUGUUCAGGUUUUUAACAAUAGUCCUGAUGAAACUGCAUAUUUUAGGAUGGUAUUGGACAGGGAAGAUGUAACCAAUGCAGUCGUGAUGAUUCAGCCUUCACUUAUAUCCUAUUCAUUUCAAUCUGGGCCAGAGCCAGUUCUCUUAGAUGUAACUGCAAUUGCAGCUGACAAGAUUCUUUUAUUGGAUUCUUAUUUUACUGUUGUUAUCUUCCAUGGGAUAACGAUUGCACAGUGGCGAAAUGCUGGUUACCAAGAUCAACAAGACCACGAGGUAUUUGCCCAAUUGUUAAAAUCUCCACAUGAGGAAGCUGAUACUAUAAUCAGGGAGCGGUUUCCUGUACCCCGUUUGGUCGUCUGUGAUCAGUAUGGGUCUCAGGCUCGAUUUUUACUGGCAAAGCUUAAUCCAUCUGUCACAUAUAAUUCUGAUAAUUCUUCUCAUGGAGGAGACGUCAUAUUCACAGAUGAUGUGAGCUUCCAGGUCUUCAUGGACCAUCUCAUGCGGCUAGCAGUCCAAUAGGAUAUGAAUAAUUUUGUACGAUCAGUAAUUUCUUCUGCUGUGCAGUAAGGAACAUCUUCCACUUUUUAAACCUGUUUUUACUACUUUUUAGCCACUAAAUUGCCUCAUGGUAGUGCUACACGUUUGUGCUUUUUUUUUUCUUGCAUAUAUGAGAUUUUCAUUAAAAAAAGUUCUUUAAUUAGAAAUAAUAAAUACAGGUAAAAUGUGUUGUAUUCUUUUUCAGACGGUGUAAAAAUUAGCAACCUUCAUUACCUUGCU